UCUCCUCUCGUCUCCUCUCCUCCUCUCCCUGCUUGCCUGCCUGCCUGCUUGCUUGCUCUCUUGCUGCGGGCGAAGGGCAAGCUGCUGGCACGCUUGCCUUUGUCUCCCUUUCUCUCCACCAACAGCAGCUUCCUUCCAACCUCAUCCUCUCCUUUUCACUCCCUUGCCAGUCUGCCAGUCCUGGGCUCCAUCUCUGCCACAAGCAGCCCCAUCCAAAGCGAGAGGGAGCGAGGCAGGCGGGAGGCGACAUUGGUGCCCACAGGACGCUUUGCCCGUCUCUUGCGCACUGCCUCCUCCUCUGCCUGCCAACCUCUCUUUCUCUCGUUCCCUCUUUCCUUCUUUCCCUCCCUUCCUCUCUCUCAGUGGGCAAAGGCGGCUCAAAGGAGGGCGAAGCCAGCGAGGAAGAGGAGGAAGGAGAACACGGUUGAAGCGGCCGCCUCAAAGGGCAGGCCACCGUCCCAAAUGGGAAAUGGUUCAGUGAAACACAAGUACCUCAAGAGGCAAGAAGGCCAUGCAGGGAACUGCCCGUACGGCUGCCCAGGUGGCAGCACCAAGUUUGUGAAAGACCAAGGUGUGAAUAUCAGCACAAUCACAAAUGCUGCAGAUAUUCUGAGAAGCAAGGUUUGGGAGCUGGAGCGGGAGCUGAAGAGGCAAGAGGAAGAGUUGCACGAGAGGAACUACCACAUCCUCGAGCUCCAGGAUCAGCUGGCGAAGCAGACCAGGACCAUUGCAGACCUCACCGAAGAGCUCAAGUGUAAAUGCAUCCAGCUGAAUAAGCUGCAGGAUGUGGUCGACACCCAGGGAACAAACCCCUUCCUGUUUUCCCCUCUUAAAGAAGUACCCAAGGUCAGCCCAGUGCCAUGCAGCAACAGGAGGAAAGGUGCCAAGGAAGGUGUGUCGGCAGAGCCAACAAGCCGGACAUACGACCUGACUGAGCAGCCUCGGUUUUCCUUCGAAAAGGCAAGAGUCAGAAAGGCCUCCAGUGAGAAAAAGCUCAUUACCGAGGCUCUGAGCAGAAACCAAUUUCUGAAGAGACUGGAUCCACAGCAGAUCAGAGAUAUGGUAGAAUGUAUGUAUGGAAGAACAUACCAGCAAGGCAGCUAUAUAAUCAAACAAGGGGAACCUGGCAACCAUAUAUUUGUACUAGCAGAGGGUAAAGUGGAAGUCUUUCAGCAGAACAAGCUUCUCUCAUCCAUUCCUGUGUGGACAGCAUUUGGGGAGUUGGCUAUUUUGUACAACUGCACAAGGACAGCCUCAGUGAAGGCUGUCACUAUUGUGAAAACAUGGGCAUUAGACAGAGAGGUUUUCCAAAAUAUAAUGAGAAGAACAGCACAAGCAAGACAUGACCAAUACAGAAACUUCCUAAGAAGUGUGUCUUUGCUGAAGAAUUUACCUGAAGAUAAGCUGUCAAAGAUCGUGGACUGCUUGGAAGUGGAAUACUAUGAUAAGGGUGAUUAUAUUAUUCGUGAAGGAGAAGAAGGAAAUACAUUCUUUGUUAUAGCCAAAGGGAAGGUUAAGGUCACCCAGACCACGGAUGGACAGCCACAAACCCAGUUGAUUAAAACACUACAGAAAGGAGAUUACUUUGGGGAAAGGGCCCUCAUCAGUGACGAUGUUCGGUCUGCUAAUAUAAUUGCGGAUGAAAAUGAUGUGGAGUGUCUUGUUGUCGAUAGAGAAACCUUCAACCAAACCGUUGGGACUUUUGAAGAGCUCCAGGCUUACCUUGCUGGUUACGUGGCUACUCUCGCUCGUGAUGAUGAAAAAAGGAAUGCACAAGUCUCUUCCUUGGAGCGAUUACCUAGUGAUGUCUCUUUGGAGAUGAUACAGCUGAAAGAAAAAGUCGCCCAGUUUCCUUCCUCUUGCCCAUUUCAGAACCUGGAAAUUGUUGCUACUCUGGGCGUUGGUGGAUUUGGAAGAGUUGAGCUUGUGAAACUUAAGAAUGAAAGCAUAGCAUUUGCCAUGAAAUGUAUUAAGAAAAAGCACAUAGUGGAUACCAAACAGCAGGAACACAUUCAUUCUGAAAAGAGAAUUCUAGAAGAGGCUUGCUCUCCAUUCAUUGUGAGAUUGUACCGAACUUUCAAAGACAACAAAUACGUUUACAUGCUUUUGGAAGCCUGCCUUGGAGGUGAACUAUGGAGCAUCCUGAGGGACAGAGGUAGCUUUGAUGAAACAACUACAAAAUUCUGUGUUGGAUGUGUGACAGAAGCAAUUGAGUAUUUACAUUGCAUCAGUGUGAUCUACAGGGAUCUGAAGCCAGAAAAUUUAAUUUUGGAUGCUCACGGAUAUAUAAAGCUGGUUGACUUUGGAUUUGCUAAGAAGAUUGCAAUUGGACAAAAGACGUGGACCUUCUGUGGGACUCCCGAAUAUGUUGCACCUGAAGUGAUUCUGAAUAAAGGCCAUGAUUUCAGUGUGGACUUCUGGUCUCUUGGAAUCCUUGUGUAUGAAUUGCUUACAGGGAAUCCUCCAUUUUCUGGAGCCGAUCAAAUGACGACCUACAAUUUGAUUUUAAAAGGCGUUGAAAGAUUGGAUUUUCCAAGAAUAGUAUCAAAACGGCCGGAAGAUUUGAUUCGGAGGCUCUGCAGACAAAACCCUACUGAGAGAUUGGGAAAUCUGAAGAAUGGCAUCCAUGAUAUUAAGAGGCACAGGUGGUUGAAUGGAUUUAAUUGGGAAGGACUCAAGGCAAGGAAGUUGUCUUCACCUUUAAAAAGAGAGCUUUCAGGACCAAUGGAUUACAGCUACUUCGACAGAUACCCACCUGACCAGGGAAUCCCACCAGAUGAACUUUCAGGCUGGGAUAAAGAUUUCUAAGAAAAGAAAAUCAUUGGAGGAGUUCAUCUGUACUAACAAUAUAUGUAUGUUAAGAUCCCAACUUGGGUGCAUUCAAAACUGCAGGACUUCAGCAUUUAAAAGUCAAGUGGAUGUGGAUCACACCAGGUUCUUCCAUGUACCUUCAACAGCAUGAAGUAUUUGUUUGCAAUUGGGAUGGACAACUUGUGGUUCUUCAAACAUUGUUGGACUACAUCUCCCAUCAUUAUUUGUCAUUGACUUUGCUGGUGGGAGGUGCAGCUUAACGAUAUUGAGAACUGGCUACAAAUUGCUCACUUCUCUUCUAUAGUAAUAUAACCUAUGAAGAAUGGGACCGAGGAGGCAAAAAAACUGGAAGCAUCCCUUCAAUUAAAAACAGAAUCCUUAAUCUGGUUUAGAGAUAUGCGAUGAAUUACUUACAACAGCAUUUUUGCCUGACUUGGGGCUUGUCUACACGGUCUACAAAAGUCAUAUUCACCUCUUAGUGGCUCUUCCUGACACAAAAGGUCUGUGACUAUUCAUUUGUAAUGCGUUUCUUUGAACUUGUGUAAACAAGCCCUUGCUUUGCAUAAAAUGCCACUGGGCAUAACCCAUAGGUGAGGAAGGAAGGAACAUGAAGAAGAUGCUGUAAAGAGAGAAGCAUUCUGAAUAUGCAGUGGCAAUGUCCUUGUGCAGGGGAUAAUACGGAUUGGCUGGUUCCUGUUGUUUGUUUCAACUAGAGUAUUACCAUUGAAUUACUUUAUGAAUUGUAAAGCAACACAUAUAAACCCCACCCGUUCAAUGGGACUCUCUGGUUGAAACUAACACUUGGAUUUAAUCCUUUCUUCUUGUCAUUCUACAGGGUAAAUCCUAUACUUAUAAGUGUUAUACUUCUGAAAAUUUAAAUGUGCCCUUCUUUCCUUCCUUCCCCAUGUGUACUUAGAACAUGAAACAAUCCCUUCCACUUCCAACUAGAAUCUCAGUUAUGAGAGAAUGAAUUUUUCCACUUGGAUAGCCCCCUCUUCAAGUAGCUGCUAAGUUUUUUUAACCUGAAUUUUGUAAAGAUUUGAACAUAGAUUUAUUAAAUCUCUUCCUGUAUAUAUGUAGGCUAUUGCAGUUUUAAAAAAGCAAGGUGUGAAUACAGCAGACACAUAUUUAAAAGUGUGUGUUAUACAGGUAUGAUUUUCAGGCAACCUGGUUCCAGCUCCUUUUUGAAUAUAUCCUUAGAGAUUAGUUUGGGCUGCCAUUUAGCUGUUUUAGCAGUACAAAGAGCCUAGAUAUGGUAACCUAAAGGCCUGUCUAAUCUUGAAAACUAAGCCCUGUUUACUUAGCUCUUGGAUGGGAGGCCGCCAGUAGAUACCAUACUGUAGGCUAUUUUUCAGAAAAACUGGCAAACACCUCUUAGUAUUUUUGCCUAGAAAGGCCUAUGAAAUUCAUAGGAUCACCGUAAAGUUAACAUUUUAUUUGAAGGCAUGUCCACACACACUCAUACUCAAUCUUUUCUCAAACUCGUUUAUGUGUGUUAUAGCUUAGCUGUGAGCAUUCAACCUCUAGGGCUGCCUAGCAAGCCAAACAUAAAAAGUGAAAAAAACUCAACUAAACUAGAAAUGCCUGGAAGUUUUUCAGGUUUUGAGAAAAGCGGAUGGCUUUGGUGAGUGUAUGUUAAACAGUGCAAUCCUCUAAAAGGUCAAUUGCCUCUCUUGGAAGAAUCCAUGAGGCAAUCAAUAUCAAAGAUUUAUUAUGAUCAACAGAUCAGAUAAAUCAAUUGAUACCAUUUUUAUCAGAGAAAAGGACAAUAUGGGAUAGUUGGCCAUAAAAAUAGCCCCAGGGCAACAUGGCUGCAAUUUACCCAAGAGACCAUAUUACUUGACAGAUUUUUUACCAAGGACUUUAGGUUGUUAAUUGGAUGGGGUUGGAGAUAUUGACCAGAAUUUUGCUGAUUAGUCCCAACUACAGUAGAUAAAUUGGAAAAUGGUCAGUCAACAUGUAAGCAAACCCAAAGAGUGAGUCCAUUCUUAUUUUUGUUGUGUACCUUCAAGUUAUUUCUGAUUUAUGGAAACCCUAAGGCAAGUCUAUCAUGGGGCCUUCAUGGUGAGAUUUGUCCAAAGAGGAUUGAAAUGACUUUCCCAAGUUCACCCACCUGGUUUCCAUGGCUAAGUGGGGAUUCAAACUGGUCUCCCAGAGUCCUAAGUUGGAUCUACACAUACCCAGAUAUUCCAAGGUAAAUUGAAGUUGCCCCACUGAAACCUGAAAGUGUUCCAGAUGUCCGGUCAUGUCAAGGGUGCUGUGUCAUUGACCAAAAUUAGUUCUCUUGCAGAGGCUUGCUGGCAAUAUCCCUUUUCCUGACCACAUGGCAGGGUGAAGGAGUUGCUUGUGGCCAAUGACACAGUGGUGGGUCUCCUGGACUCGUGGAGACUUGAUUGGUCCAGAUCCCAUCCAAUCCAACAGUCCACACCUCCAAAACAGUAGGAUCACUUCAGAGCUUCCUGGAAGGAAAUCAAGUUUUUCCUUCUACAAGAUUAAUGACUUCUGUGAAAAUCCAGCCAUAUGGCAUGUGGUCUCUCUGCACUAGUGGAAAGUUGAGCAAACUUCAUUUCAUCCGUGUAGGCAUGGCCCUAGUCCAACAUGCAAACCAUCAACUAUGCUGGCUCUUAGGAUCUACUGUAGUUGGGGCUAAUAGCAAGACCCAAAAAGAAGUGGGGACCCUUAACAGAUUUAAAUUGCUUGCUUAGAGGAAUGAUCAAAUGGAAUCAGUUACCCCAAGAACUGAUAGACACCAAUAGGAAAUACCAAAGACUGUAUGCUGUCUUAAUAGUUAUUUCAUUUUAGUGUACAUCACCUAUAUUUUGUGCCCUGUUUUUAGAACUUACCAAAUGUAAAAGCUGUAAAAUCUUUAUAAAAUCAAGGUUCCCCGCAAUUGAUUUGUAUAUAUGCACAGUUUUUGUAUAUGGUGGCUGUAUUUUUUAAACGAGAAAGUAUAUGGUGGUUUUACGGCACAGAUUGCUACUAUAUAGAGAUGGGGAAAUGUCUUUGCUCUUUUUGAAUCAGCUGUUAAACGCAUUAACUUCUUAGUUAAUAAACCUAUUACACCCUA